AUGUUGGUGGAGGCGGAAGGUGAAAGAAGUAGAUCGAAUAUGAAAAUUCAACGAAAAACAUUAAGGUACGCAAGCAAUCCGCUCGAUGUCGAGGACACAAUGUUUACUAAAAAUUACCGCUUGAAUAAGGCGGCGUUUUUGUACGUCUUAAGUGUCCUAGAUGGAAAUGCACGCUCAAUGAGGUCGUGCUCCAUCUCUUCGCUCCAGCGUUUGUCUUCCGUAUUACGUUUUUUUGCGGAGGGUGGGUACCAGCAUGGAGUGGGAAAGGAUUUUGACAUUCCCAUGGCUCAAUCCACAUUUUGUGGCGUAUUAAAAGACGUGUUACACACUCUUCAAUGUCACCUAUGUCCUCAGUGGGUGAAUCUUGAUUUAAGCAACGAAGAAAAAAGACAAGCAAAGAUGGACUUUUAUCAAAAAUAUGGAUUUCCUGGUGCGAUUUUAUGUGUAGACGGAACACACAUUAAAAUUGUUGCGCCAGCUAAGGACAAAUUCCUGUAUUUUAAUCGUAAAGGGUACUAUAGCAUCAAUGCUAUGAUUAUAUGCGAUAAUAAAAUGAGAAUUCGCUACGUGAAUGCGCAAUAUCCUGGGAGCAACCACGAUGCUCAUAUUUGGAACGUAAGCAGCGCGCGAAAUUUUUUUGAAAAUAAAUACCUAAACGGCGAACGAAACACUUGGCUUUUGGGAGAUGCUGGAUAUGCUCUAGAGCCAUGGUUAAUGACACCUUUUCGUUCACCUACAACAGGAAGCGCCGAAGGAAACUAUAAUAAAAUACAUGCAAAAGCCAGAAAUACUAUAGAAAGGACCAUAGGUUUGCCAAAUAGUGAACGUUGCCGCAGCAUUGCACAAUAUUUGUAUCCAUUAUCGCGUGGUUGA